AGACGGCUAUAUCGACGAUCAGAGCCAGGCACGAAGGGUGAUCAAGACCCUGAUCAACAAGACUGCAGUCGCAGAAUGGAUCGAGAGGGCCGAGACGCUCGCCUUCGGUCCACAUCCUGAGACUAAGCUGCCUUCAACGAAGAAGGCAGACCUAAUAGAGGCACUGUGUCUCAAGCCACCGCCCUCAGCAAAGGGAGGCAAAGCGGCGCGAGAUGCACCAGCACGCAAGAGACCCGUGCCCAAAAAGGCAGCCAUGCCUACUGAAGAGAAGCCAGUCGCACAGUCAAGUGCGGCUCUUCCUCCAAAAAAUGCCGUACCGAAGCCGGCACGGAAGCGAAACUCGGUUGACAUACAAACCAAGGCUCCGCCGGUGACGCAGAAGGCGAGCAAGCGUGGCCAUGACAGCGCAGCCGCUCCAACAGAACCCGAGCAAACGCCGGCAAAGAAGAGGAGGAUUGAGGCCCCUUCUUCGAAGAAUUCCUCCGCGCCACAGAUGCGCUUGACUCCUCUGGAAGCCCCAGUCGUAGGGAGAGUAACCCCCGCUGCGAAGAUGGGCAAAAAGGACGGCGCAGCCGCGCCAACAGAAGCUGAGCAAACGCCAGCAAAGAAGAGGAGGGUUGAAGCCCCUUCGAUUAAAUCCUCUGCGCCACAGAUGCGCCCGACCUCCCUGGAAACCCGUGUUGCGAGGGAACAUGAUAACGCAGCAACCUCGCUAGCAGCUAAACAAGCUCCAGCGAAGAGGACGGUCGACGCCGCUUCCUCGACCACACCUAAUGCGCCUCCGAUGAGCACACCUGUGCUCCUGGUGGCUCCUGUUGAAACGAAAGCGGCUCCCCCUUCGAGCUUCCCUCCAGAGCAAGCGGCCCCAAUCCAAGAGAGUCUGGUAGAGGUGACUCAGGGUCCAGUACUCGUGAACAACCACGCAGAGGCCCAAGAGGAGACGGAGCUCGGUCAGGAUCCCUCCACUAUCGUCGAGGAGACCCUAACCACACCUGACCACAACAUUGGCGCAUGUCCUCAGCGCGAGCCCCCGGAAGAGCGCUUCCUCAAGCCCGGACGCCACGGUAGACAUGGUGAUUUUACAGACGACCCGGAUCUGCACACUGGCCGUGGGCAUCAGGUCAACCCAGUAGAUCUGAAGCAGAGGCGUGCGUUCGAGGCCAAGUAUCGCGCUUUUCAUCGAAUGUGGCCAUACUGGCCCUAUGUAGACCAGGAGAAGAGGUGGCUCGGGUCACAGCAUGCUCAAGGUAAGAAGGAGCUGGACGAGGCGGAGAGGGGUAUGAGGGUAUACAGGGAGAAGUAUCAGGGAGAGCUCGUGGGACAUUUGUGGCCGUGUGGAUGUGUAGUUCCGCGGGACGGAAACGAGUCGGAGGAGGAUUAGAUACAAAGACAUCUAGCGAAAAGCACGCAGAUCAGGGCAUACAUACCUUAUUAUCAACGCUCAUGUCCGACGUGACAAACCAUUCUGUGUAGUAGCAGCAGCUUGGUAUCGCCUUGGCAGCCAAGCACCUUCUUAUCACCAUUCCCGACCCCGCAUCGUCAUG